CGGUGGGGAUGGCGGUGGAGGAGCUUCAGGAGUUGCUGGCGCUGGUGGAGCUGGCGGGUGGCCGGCGGGCUGUGCUGCUGGUGGCCGAGGUGGCGGAGGGAGCCCCGGCUGCAGCCACGUUGACCGCCUUCGCCCGCGACCUCCUGGGGGAGGAGGCUCCGCCGGGGCCGGGCUGCCGGUCGCGGCGGCGGGUUGUCGGCGGGCGGCGGGCGCUGGGUGCGCGGCUGCUGCUGGUGCUGUGCCGCGGCGGGGCGGCGCGGGGCCAAGGGGCCCGUGUCCGCCUGCGGGAGGUGGUGCGGGAUGUGCGCGGCCGCCUGCCCCCAGCGCCGCCGCCCGCCGUCGUCGGUGUUCUCCUGCCCGGCGGGGAAGCGGAGGACGCGGCGGUGCUGGACGCCACGCUGCGGCGGCACUUCCCGGCGCCCGGCACGGUGCAGGCAGCCCGGUACAGCCCCGGCAGCCCCUCAGACCUGCGCGACUGCCGCGCCGCCGCCUGCCGCGCCCUGCGGGCCGCCCUGCAGCAUCCCGCAGAAGAGGUGAAAGACAGGGAGAGGUGGAGGCUCCCAUCCUUCCUGCGGUGCAUUUCUUGGAGCCGGAGGAGAUGGAGAAAAGAUCACAAAGCAAAAGCUGCAAACAACAUUCAUGAAGAUGACCUGCAGGACCCUGAGGAAGAAGUGGCUCUGACCAGCCUGUCCCCCAAUGGGAACUAUGAAGAAGCUGCUGGAGGCACAGGGACUUAGGACUGCUGUGUGCUUAACAUAGUCCAUGUCCCUCAUCUGCCCAGUGGAUUUGGAGCAGUGGGAGGAGGAGCUGGUGUGUGCCCACUCACCUUCUCCACUGAGGACCCACCACUAAUGAGAGAAGCUGCUUGGCUUAACUCCCAGCGUCUUUUGUAGCUGUGGACAGCCUGAUGUCUAUGCCAGAGAGACGACACCUGCUGCCAGCGGAUGCCUGGAGCUGCUGCUGGAAGUUCUCACCCUUUCUCUGAUCAGGGAAAAAAAAAAAACCAAACCAAAAAAGAAGACUAAUAGCAUGGUGGUGUGGAGACUGCAAUGGCUACAGAAGAGGCUUGAAUGUAACUUUAUAAUAUGAAGAAUGCAGUAACAGCCUACUGGGCAGUAAGAAUAACUCAGAAGAUCCUGAUAUUAAGGGCAGAUGGAGCAAAGUGUGAUUUGGAAGCAGGAUCCAUCCCUCUGGCUUGUGUGUGGUGCUCACAGACUGACUGAUGGUUUGCCUGGGUUGGAGUGGGUGGCAGAUGGACACUAAGGUGUGGCUGAUGUUAUAUGGGGUUAUGGGAGAGGUGCAUCUUUGGGCAUCUCCACAGCCAUGCAGUAGCAGGUAUUGGAAGUGGCCUGAAGCACAACAAACUGUGGCUGCUUCAUAAAUAAAUAUAAAAAUAGAAAAAUAAUCUAUUUAAGUUGUUCCAAAAGGAUGCUUGUAGCCUGUGGGGCAACACAAUUAAUUACAAAUCCUUGGUUUAUGAGGAGUAUUACUAUAAUGCUAAGAAUACCUUUUUUAUUCUUACUUAAAUGCAACAUAAAAUGGGUUUUGUAUUAUUUUUAGCACAAACUCUGGGUUUUGUUUGGGGCUAGCUGUCCUUUUGGAGUUUCAUCUAGCUCAGACCAGAAACUUCAGCCUGUCACCUCUUGCCUACCUCUCCUCUGAGUUAGCUGCUGAAUUACGUCAGUACGUUCUCAUUACAUGUCUGGUCUCUCUCUGGCUCCUUUUUUCACAGUGGCAACUGAAGUGUCUGCAGUCCUGCCAGCUCUGGCCAGCAGUGUGCCUUUGGCAUCUCCCUAGCUCUACCUGGAGCAGGGGAUGGGGUUUGUACCCAGCUCUGCCUAUCACCAUGAUCAUCAACAUUUUUUAAUAAACCAUUUUUCCAUGCUUCAGUUUCCCUAUCAGUAGGAUGGGGACAGAAGUGCCUACCCACUUCUCUGGUGUUAUGAUGGUGAUGCUGGAGCAGAGCUUAGCAGCUCUUGCAUUUAGAAUUGGUCCCUUUAGAGAUGGUGCUGCUUUGCCCUUUUGGCUGGGAGGGAGCAAUGAAGGGUGCCUGGAACAUGUUGGUAGCAUCGAGUGGGAGAGAUGGGGAGCAUUUCCAGGUGUGCUCAGCAAGUCUCUGCAUUAUCAUGCUGCUUUUUUGAAUGUGUUGUGAUAGUUAGGAUUGGUUACAUGGGAAAGCUUGGUCUGAGUAGGAAAGCUUCACCUGAAAUGCAGCUGUAACAUGCUGUUGCUGCCAUAAGGUGGUGGGAAGGGGCAGGUGGAUGCCAAGCAUUUGGUGAAGUGUGUGUCAGAUCUCUUCACAGCAGAAACACUUUCCUGUGUGGGUGUGGGCUGGGGAGAGCGAACCUAGGAGGCAGCUGAUGUCAGCAGAUAUGGCACCAAAACCAGUUCUCCUUCCAGCCUGUGGGAUUUCUGUAGGAUUUCUUUGCUUACAACCAGGUGGAAAAUAGAAAUGUAACCAAGUCUCAAUAAAGUAAUGCGGUGUGGGUGGCUGUGUUUAUGACUCUGGGCUUCAGCACCUAAUAGUGAGUGCAUCUUAGGAAGAUGAAGGUAUCCUCCUGCUCUGUCCCUGGCAUGAGUGUAUAUGUGUGCUGUGCAACAGAUUCCCUCUUGCUUGUAUUCACAGUAGAGCCCAGGUCACUGCACAGUUACAUACUUUCCUUGGUUAGGUGAGUCCAGUAGGACUUCACAGUACGAUCAGGUGAAUCUUUGUUUUCUUGCAGUAUUUGGCCUUUGCCAGUUAGAAUUUAUGAGUGAAGGGGUUGCCCAAGAGACUUCCAGUUAAAUCUAUCUUAGUGCUACAAAUCUAAUGGAUUUAUUUAUUGGUAAUUUUUAAGUAAAUCAUUCAAGUUUACCCUUGCAGUGAGACUUUUGUGGAAGCAGGUGAACUGUGUGGGGUUUAGAAGGUGUGAGAAUCCAGUUGAUCAAAAGUAUUGUUUUCCUUUGACUGAGGAAUAAAAGUGAUUUGAAUUUU